UAGGCGGAUGUUGAUGAUUGUUGAGUCUUUUGCUGGUAUUUUUUCUGAAUCAACAGAAAUUAAGAUCAAACGUUUGUUUUGGUAGUUUUGUGUAAUUUACAGGUUUUACUGCUCAUGUUAUAAUGGCCGGAUAUUCAGAAGAUCAAUUAGCAGAGUUUCAGGAGGCAUUCCAACUAUUCGACUCUCGCGGCGACGGCAAGAUUCAUGUGGCACAAAUUGGAGAUGCUCUUAGGGCCUUGGGCCAAAACCCUACUGAAUCUGAUGUCAAGAAGUGUACACUGCAUUUGAAGCCUGAUGAAAGGAUAUCAUUUGAAGUCUUUUUGCCGAUAUAUCAAGCAAUAUCAAAGGCUCGUAGUGGAGACACAGCCAAUGACUUCAUUGAAGGACUGCGCCAUUUUGAUAAAGAUGGGAAUGGGUUCAUUUCUUCUGCUGAGCUUCGCCACCUUCUGUCAACUCUUGGAGAAAAGCUGAGUGACGAUGAGGUGGAGCAGCUGCUGCAGGGCCAGGAGGACUCGCAGGGCAACAUCAACUACGAGAACUUCGUGCACCUCAUCAUGCAGGGCUGACUUCGCACGCAUUUAAUUCACUUCCGUAUUUUGUAUUUUGAUUUAAUUAUUUAUGCCAACUUUUAUAAUUCCCUAUUAUUUCCAUUUAAAAACAUAUUAUUCCAAAAUCUAUUAGCAUUAAGAAGUUUUAUAUUAUGUAUAGUAAGAUAAUGUACAGGAGAGUACGUGUUAUGAUUAUGGAUAAGGAACUGAAAUAAAUUUAUAUUUGAGGUCGAAAA